UUUAUUUUUUUCAUCCAUACAUGUCUGUUAAAAUUCCUUUUAUAUUGCGAGAGAGAAAAUUCCUAAUAAACUGUUGAAGUUUAGUUUUUUAGUAAGGGAGAACCGGGGUAAAAGUAACAAAGUUAUUUCUCCGAGCCCUGAUGUGUAUUUGUCCAUAUUACCUGGGAGGGAGCACGUGCUCUGCUCAUGCAUCUGCUGCUGCAGAUUUUCUUCUCACGCUCUGUCGUUGAAAAUAACUGUUGAGUGGCUGUUAAACAAAUCAGGUAACGUUACCAAACAUCAGGAUUAUGACUGCCUGCCCGAGUCGUACAUUAUAAACACAUCGUCCCAUCAUUAUCCAUCUGGUUUUGCACACCUGUUAACCUGCAGAGGACAGAUGACUGAAAGUAAAGCGAGUCUGUGAGGAACAAACUUUCGUUUUUUCCGUUAUGCGUGAAGAAGCAGGAUGUUUUGGAUGAAUUGUUCUCGGGUCAUGUGACCUGAUCCAGCGCCGGAGAGCUGUGGCGAAUCUGUUCUCAGAUCAGCGUGAGAAGUUUACACAGGCUCUGGUUUCCUACUGCUGGUUUCCUCUGCUGUUGCUUAUAUUCAUAGACAGCCUGAGGUGACAGUACUUCAUCGCUGACUCUUGUAAGCCUCUCUUUGAAACAUGACAGACACAAUGUUUGGCAGUGACAAUGACCAGUGGGUGUGUCCCAAUGACCGACAACUAGCCCUUAGAGCAAAGUUACAUACGGGUUGGUCCAUUCACACAUUUCAGACAGAGAGGCAGAGGAAAGCGCAGACCCUUGAUAAAACAGAACUGGACCUCAUUAUGAACGUCGUCCACCGCGCAGAACAGCUUGAGCUUAUUGAACAACACAGGAUUGGGCGUCUAGUGGAGCGUUUAGAGAACAUGAGGAGGUCUGCGGUAGGGAACGGUCUGUCACAAUGUCUGUUGUGUGGAGAAAUGUUGGGUCUGCUGGGCUCCUCAUCCGUCAUCUGUUUGGACUGCUGUAUGAAAGUGUGCACUAAAUGUGGGAUUGAGACUACAGGCAGUCAAAAAAGAUCUCAGUGGCUUUGCAAGAUCUGCAGUGAACAGAGAGAGUUUUUCUUUUCCUUCUCUUCAAAGGUGUGGAAACGCUCAGGAGCCUGGUUCUACAACGCCUUGCCGAAGCAUGUUCGUCCCAUCAAGGAUUCAAUUCUGGAUAACAGAAAGCCAGUAAUGGAAAGAGCCGGGGAGCUGCCAGUGGCCAGAAGCGCACCUGUCACCUACACAUGGGCUCAAAAAAAAGUGUAUUCAAGUGAAAGUGACGGCAGUGAUGAUGAGCUCAGUGAAUGCAGCAGUGACAAAAAGACCUUCAUGUCUGAGACUGAUCAAAGAAGAGACUCGGAAUCCAGUGGAGGCCAAGUGCAGACGCCGUUGCCAUCCAGCAUUCCCAGCUCAACUCGAAGCAGCUUACUGAAAGAAAGCCCUUCUAGCUCAGUCAGCGAGCGAAGCAUCCGUCCGUCUCUGGAGGAUGAGAUCACAGACCGUGGCCAAACCUUACUGACCCCACCGGUCCUCAGCCGCGCCGGCUCGCUGCGAAGCAGCAGCACCACCAGCCAGAAGUCCGAGGGCCCGACCGCGGAACCCAACCGGGAUGAGGAAGAUCCGGACCAAGCCUUCGGCGCCGCGGCUCUCGUGUCCGGCAAGAAGGAGGAAGAAGCGGACGUGGAGGGCUACGAUUCGGACGACUCCACCACACUCGGCACGCUGGACUUCAGCCUUCUCUAUGAUCAGGAGAACAAUGCCCUGCACUGUACUAUCAACAAAGCCAAGGGACUCAAACCAAUGGAUCACAACGGGCUGUCAGAUCCCUAUGUUAAGCUGCACCUGCUGCCUGGAGCCAGUAAGGCCAAUAAGCUCCGCACCAAGACCCUACGCAACACACUCAACCCUGUCUGGAGCGAGACCCUGACGUAUUAUGGAAUAACAGAUGAAGAUAUGGUUCGCAAAACACUCAGGAUUUCAGUGUGUGACGAGGAUAAAUUCCGGCACAAUGAAUUCAUCGGAGAAACCCGAAUCCCCCUGAAGAAACUCAAACCCAACCAGACCAAGAACUUCAGCAACUGUUUAGAAAAGCAGCUUCCUAUUGAUAAGACAGAGAACAAGUCGCUGGAGGAGCGCGGGCGCAUCAUGAUCUCACUGAAGUACAGCUCACAGAAGUGUGGCUUAGUGGUGGGCAUCAUUCGCUGUGCCCAUCUCGCUGCCAUGGAUGCCAAUGGUUUCUCUGAUCCUUAUGUUAAAACGUAUCUCAAGCCAGAUGAGAACAAAAAAUCAAAGCACAAGACAACUGUCAAGAAGAAGACCCUCAAUCCUGAAUUUAAUGAAGAGUUUUUCUAUGACAUCAAGUAUGCUGACCUCAGCAAGAAGACUCUGGAGGUGACGGUUUGGGACUACGACAUCGGAAAAUCCAAUGAUUUCAUUGGUGGAGUCUCAUUAGGUAUAAAUGCCAAUGGCGAGAGGCUAAAACACUGGUUUGACUGUCUCAAAAACAAGGACAAGAAAAUCGAGCGCUGGCACACGUUAACCAAUGAACUCCCUGGUUCAGGGUACAAUGACUGAAAGUCUACCUUCGGGGGCUGCACCAGUGCCCCAUCCUUCAUCUGUAUGAUGUCAAUGUAAGCCCAGCCUUUGAUGGAUAGAUCAACACACCAACGGUCCAUUGAUUAAGAGAUGGGUGCCAAUAUCUGUUUCUAACUAACACACCUGCUCCAACUCUCCUGGCGUUGAGCUCGCGGUUCAAUCGCUGGCUUGAUUCGGGGGUCUUUAAUCAGCCUGUGUUUGUACAACCAGAUUUAAUAUGGAGAAAUGAUUUUCCCAUAGCCAAUUGGAGAUAAAUAUUUAAACAUGCUCCUCUUAUUCUUUGUCGUCCUAGAUAUCUCUAAGGUUCAACGUGUAUUCAAGAAUGCAGUUUACAGAAGUUAGCUGUCAGUACACUGUCAGAAAAAAAGUACAAAAAAGGGACAAAACUGUCCCUUGAAGGUUCAUUUUUGUACCUUUAUGGGUAUACAACACAUUGCAAUGUUGUACCUUUUGGGGUUCAAUAUUAUACCCUAAGGAACAAUUUUGUACCAGUUAACCAGCUAACAGUACCUUUAAAGUACACAAUUGGUACCCAAAAAAGUACAACAUUGUAUUAUGUGUAGUAUACCUGUAAAGGUACAAAAUGCCACCUUAGGAUACCACCCCAGUGACAGAAAAGGCACAGUUUUGUACCUUUUUUUCUAACAGUGCAUCACAUGCGUAUGGCAGCAAAAAAAAUCAAAACAAGGCUAAAAUGAGCGCUGCUGUUGUUGUUUACAUCAAGAAUACAGUCCGAAUCUUUUCUGAUGUUUGUCUUAAGGCUGAAGCAAAAACAACAAAAUUAUAUUUUACAGACAGAUGAUUGUAAGAAUCAUAUAAACUUGUGUUUUUAAGUGAAAAAACAAUAUUUACAGUUCCCGUGUCAUAACAGUACAUUUGCGAUCGAGUCGUCUUAAAAAUGAAUGUAAUUAAUUUACCUUUAUUUUAUUAAUCUCACGACAAAUGAACAGUGUGCCAUUGCCAAUAAAAGCACACAUGAGCUUAAAUGGCCAUUAUCUAGAAACCAUACAGAGAUAUAAAACCCUGUUUACACACCGGACACACUAACGCCCAAAAAGCUGCUCUCAAAAUUAAGACCACAGAUCAUAGCUUUCUUUUAAUAGUUUUUCCAUCUCCUGAUUGGCUAUUAGAUUUAUAUAUUUCUUGUUUUUUAACUUUGUCCUAGCCCAAUCGAUACGGUAGAUGUCUCUUUUUAAAUGAUUCAAUCAGUGAGGGAGAAAAUGGGCUUACAGAUUUAGUUGCUCAACAGCAUGUUUAUUCAAUUCAUCCCUUGAAAUUUUUAGGGUUGUACAAUUUGGACCAAACAUAUUUUUUAAGACUAAGUUAAAGUCAUUUUUAAUUUUGUGUACAUGUGUUUUUAUUAAAGGAUAGUUCACCCAAAAAUGAAAACUACAGUUGACGGUACCCAUAGUAUUUGUUUUUCCCCACUCUGGAAGUCAAUGGGUCAUCGACUGUAUGCUUACCAUCAUUUAUCAAAAUAUCUUCUUUUGUGUUCAACAGAAUAAUGAAACUCAUGUAAAUGAUGAUAGAAGUUUCAUUAUUGGGUGAACGGUCCCUUUAAGUUGUUAUUUAGUGGCAUUUAUAUAUAGUAACCAAUUUAUUAGUUUAGCCUUUCUAUGUUAUUGCAUAUUUAGCAUGCCGCGGGUGGGUAUAUUGGAUGUAUAACUGUAUGUUUAACUAUUUUACAGAGUUAUUUUUUUAUUCACUGUUGAAGCUAAACUCCUGCUGACCAUUUUUCUUAUUUUAAACCCCCUGAAAGCAGACCACGCAGUAUCUCUUUGACAGAAUUCAUUGUAAAAGCCACCGCAGUGACAUUUUUGUAAUCUUUGCUUUUGUAAACAAACUCUAUGGCAUAAAAAUGCAUGCAAUGUUCUUGGGCUGUCAUUUAAAGGAACUAAGCUUCAUGUUUGAUACCGUCGUUCUCCUCUGUAAACGAGAGUUCCUGCUUUUGGAUGCUGUAAGAAUGUCAGCCUUUCUUCUUGGACAGUUUUUGUACUUUUGCAUUGCCUGUCAGUUUGCUCUAUUGACUGGACAUGUGACUGCAUGUUAUAAAAAAUAAAUCUUGUCUUGUUUUUAUCAUUUUUAACUCUCAGGCAAUCGUUUGCAUUUAUCAAGUCAGUAUAUUUCUUCUCCUGGUUCACCAAGUUAAUCUUGCACCGAAUGGCCGAAUUAUCGUGCCUUUUCUUUUGUAACAGUGUUUUUGCACCGCUCACUUUACAAAGAUUCCUAGAUUGAUAUUAGCUUUUAAUAUGGAAACUAUAUGAUACAUAGUUCAAUUCUUGUCUGUGUUACACUGUUGAAACAUUGUGUAUCUCUUGGAAUAUGCCUCUGGAAUAAAGACACAUUAUGGGUAUCCUUA